AUGGAAGGAAAGAUUGACGUCCACCACCACUAUCUACCCAAGGAAAUUGUUGCCAAACUUGCUCAGUCGUUAAUCGGGCAGAGAAAGGGCCCGCCGGUCCCGCGCUGGUCACCCCCAGUGAGCAGCGAGUACAUGGACACCGUUGGAGCAAGCACUGCCAUUCUGUCCUUCCCAAUUACUUUUGCCUUCGAGGGCGAUGAAGACCCGAUUCCCUCGCUGUUGGACACCGAGAAUUCCUUGCUGGAAAUCCGCCAUGCCUUUGACCAUCUGCAAGCAGACGGUGUGAUGCUGCUUGCUCGCUACGGCGAUGCAUACCUGGGCCAUCCAUCUUUCAUCCCUAUCUGGGAAGAAUUGAACCGGCGUGGUGCGGUGGUGUUGGUGCACCCAGGCUCCAGCUUCCUCGGGGGGGCCCGAUUCAACAAAUAUGUGGACCCCACUGUCGCCGAGUUCCCCCAGGAAACUACCAACACAGCGCUGGAUAUGAUUAUGAACAACACCCUGCGGGACUUCCCCAGCUGCAAAGUCAUCUUGUCCCAUGCCGGCGGCACGCUCCCGUACCUGAUUCGGCGAGUAUCGGCUCUCAUCCCAACGUUUGCCGCCCACCUCGACCCUCCACCCAAGCCGGGCCACGAGAUCCUCGAGGACUUUAGAGCCUUCUGCUUUGAUCUGGCUCUGUCGAGCUCUGCGUAUACUUUGGAUCUGUUGCUGCAGCACGUGCCCCACGAUCAUAUCUUGUACGGUAGUGACUUCCCCUUUGCACCAACCCCAGCAACUGUCGCUUUUGCAAGGGAGUUGGACGAGUACCCGAUGGAUGAGGAGAAAAGAGAGAUGAUCUAUUGGAAGAACGCGCGGGCACUCUUCCCGCGUCUUCAGAAACAGUGA